UUCCUUCUCCUCACACACUCUUGUGAAGGUCAGUUGCAGAAGCCCAUCUCCUCCUCAGCAGUUACAGCAAUGGUUGGUGGUGACGUUGUUUUACCGUGCCACCUGAAACAUCCCACUGAUACUGGCCAGGUGACAGUAGAGUGGAGGAGACCUGACCUGACACCCAGAUUUGUGUAUGUGUGGCACAAUAUGAAGGAAUAUCUGUCUGACCAGAACACAGCCUUCAAGGGAAGAACAUCGCUGUCUAUCGACAAGAUGAAGCAGGGGGAUGUUUCACUGAAACUCUCUGACCUGAGAUACUCUGAUAAUGGAAGAUACAGAUGCUACAUUUCAAAUGAGAGAAGAGAAAACUUUGUCGAUCUUAUUGUUGGAGCUGCCUCCUCACCUGGAAUCAGCUUGGCUGGACUUGAUCAAAGCAGCAGCAGAGUGGUGUUACAGUGCCAGUCUGCAGGCUGGAAUCCAGAACCUGAGCUGUUCUGGCUGGACGACGAGGAAAACCUCCUCUCUGCUGGUCCUGCAGAGACAGUCAGAGGUCCUGAUGGUCUCUUUACUGUCAGCAGCAGAGUGACUGUGGAGAAGAGACACAACAACAGCUUCAUGUGUAGAGUCCAACAGAAGAACAUCAACCAGACCAGAGAGACACACAUUCAUGUUCCAGAUGAUUUCUUCUAUGUCCCGUUUGACUGCACUGCUUCUAUCAGCUUUAACGUGGUUUUCUGCAUCCUGGCCGUUCUUGGUUUGGCCGCUUUUAUCUGGAAACGGAGACAAAGCAGAAGCUUGAAGAAGAAACCUGAUGAACAACAGCAGCUUUUGGAAGAGUUAAACAGAAAAAAAUUGGCUGAAAGCAGGUCUAAACUAGAGCAGGGUCUGAGAAGCCUGGAGCAGGCGAUCGAUGCUCUGGUGGACAUAAAAGACGAACUGGAGAAGCAGAGCAAGAAACUAAUUGAACAAAGAAACCAGGCAGAGAAAGAGGCUGAAGAGAAUGAGAUGAAGAUUAAAGCCGUGGAUGAUGAAGUAAAACAGAAAGAUGGAGAUAAAAUAGUCAACAAAGCACAAGGUUACAUAAAACUGAAAGAGAUCAUGCUUGAGGGCAAACAUAAACUAGAAGAGAAAAUGAAAGAUCAGCAAGAGUUUCAAGUGAACACAGAGAUUCUAGUUAAGAAGGCAUGUGAUGUGUGUAAGAGCAUGACUGAAAUGAAAAAGGAACUAGAGAGUGUUGUGGACAAAAUAAAAAAACAAAUGGAGGAGAUGGAGACAUCUUCAUAG